UUCAAGAUAGUGAAAGGUACUCAAGCCUCAAACCAAAACAAGCCUGUUCACUUUGCAGCAAGAAAACCGAGAGCACAAUGCCUGUCAAAUGGAGUGUGACAUUCCAGGAUUUUCUGUGGGAGAGCGGUAAUUGCUUUUUUCAGUGUUUGGCUGUUGGUUGCACGGGCUGUGAAUCCUGCCCACCCACUAAUGAGUGAACGAAGAUCUGCCGUGCCUGCCGUUUCCUGACCGAGCUGUGCUGGAGAAUCAGGACUCGGCCUUCUUCACCGAAUCUGUCAGUUCUUUCGGUUUUUGCAGAAUGAGGUUUCCAGCAUCAUUUUUAUGCUUCCUAAUUGGUCUUCUAGGACUAGGAGGGACUCAUGGUUUGGUGUUAAUGGAGGAUCAUGGGGAGGAACUGGAGGAUAGAGACCUGAGCAAAGCUAUUUUGGAGAUGUUGCAUAUAAACAAACUGUCAGCGCCGCAGCAGGCGAAGCCACACCCCUAUAUGAAGCACGUUUACCAGUCCCUGGACGCACAGGCAAGAGACCUGAGCGGUGCUGAUGGGACUCUUGUGCAGAGCUUCCGGAGCAUCGAAGACUCAAAGUAUGGCACUCCGGGAUGGAUCUGGUUUAACAUGUCCCAGCUGAGUCCCUUCAUGAGGGUUGCAGAGCUGGUCCUGCUGAGGAAAACUCUUCAUCACAAGCCGCUUAGUGUGACGGUCACAGUACACAGUCUUUCCCCGGGACGAGACAACCUGAGCAUUAGCGGCCCUCUUGCUGAGCACUUACUGAGUCUGGACCGGCUGCCUCCAUCAGGCUACGAUGUUUUUGACGUAACAGCUGCAAUAACCCAACCACUGCACCACUCAGAUAUCUUGGGCUUCCAACUGCGAUUUGGAGAUGAGAGUGGCAGCUUGGUUCUCCAUGAAGCCCUGACACAGAGCCUCUACUACUUGAACGGCAGCUCUCUCAGCCAGCCGCUCCUAGUGGUCUACAGGAGCAAAUCGAUGGAGCACCAGCAGAGGGCGUCAGGAAGGAGUUCAGAGCACAGGCGCAGACCGAGCUGCAUGGCCAGGUCUGAAUAUGACAGGCAGAGAAUACAUCUGAGGCAUGGGAGACAUGUAUCUGCAUGCAGGCUGUACGUACAUCAUGUCAACCUUCAUACAAGCGAGUUGAGUCAAUGGAUACUACAGCCGUCCCACUUCAACAUAAGUAUUUGUAGAGGCAUCUGUUUGAAAGAAAUAUCUGCGUCAUCCAUGACUGUUCAGAGGCAUCGAAAACAUGAAGAAAAUGUUUUACGAAGAUCAGACUGCACUCCACAAGGCUUGUCAUCUCUCAUUGUGAUGUAUAGCAGCGACACAGCGGACAUUAUUAUAAAAGAGCUAAAGGAUAUCAGAGCAGAGAGAUGUGUGUGCCAGCCGACUGCUCAAUGAAAAGGACUGUGAAAAUCAAACCGUUUGUGAAGUAUCUGAGGAAAUGACAGUUGCAGGAAAAAGUAUGUGAACCCUGAAUUUCUGGAUUGCUUAUAAUAUUUGAUUUGAACACAGAAAACAAGAUUUUCUGCUUAAAGGCAGGUAAUUUGAUAAGAUGUUUGUUUCUUCAUCAGAUUUUGAAGAAAUGUAGUAUUACAUCACUUGCUCACCAGUGGAUCCUUUGCAGUGGAAUGGGUGCUGUCAGAAUGAGAGUCCAAACAGCUGAUAAAAACAUCACAAUAAUCCACAAGUAAUCCACACCACUUCACUACAUCAGUUAACAUCUGUGAAGUCAAAAGCUGCAUGUUUGCAAGAAACAAAUUCGGCAUUAAAACAUUUUCAACUUCCAGAUUGCUUCUGGCUAAAUAAGAGUCAUCUAUCUAGAAAUAUUGGGGAAAAGGGAAAAGUUAUCUUGCCUGCACCGUUUUGGUGAAUUUUAAUGUGAGAGGACAACAGGUAUGGAUUUAAUACUUGCAGAUUAUUAUGAUGUUUUCAUCAGCUGUUUGGACUCUCAUUUUGAUGGUACCCAUUCACUGCAGAAGUGAGCAAGUGAUGCUAAAUUUCUCCAAAUCUGUUCUGAUAAGGAAACAAACUCAGUAAAAUUUCAUGUUUGUGUAAGCUAUUUCUUUAAACAAAUAGCACACAAACUAUUUACAGUUUUUAUUAUCAUAGCUUUAUUUUUUAAUGGUAUAAACAUUUACAAUACGGCUGCAGCAGUUAUCUGCAAAGAUUUUCUGUCAGUCAGGAGGUAAAUGCACAACAAUCAGGUUCUGUUCACAAAAUGUUUAAUUCAGCAAUGUUCUUAGGAUGCCCUGUGUGAAUCAUAUCUUGGAGUCAUGUUAAACGCCUGGGUUCGCAUACUUUUUCUUUUUUGGGGACAACUCCUUGGGGAGAACGGUACUUUUUGCAGAUGUACUUUUGGCCACAGGAUGUCAUAAUAGAGCGAGAAAAGUAGACAACGUUACUUUCAAUGUUCAUGCAACAAUAAUGUAUACCUACUGUAUGUUGAAGAAUUUCACAGUUUCAUAUCUCUGAGUUAUGCAAUUAUUAAUAUUAAC